UCAUAAAUGCUGUUCAUCGAUCCGGGCACUGCUCGCUCGCGAUCAGCCGGACACGUCUCGCCUUGCACGCGACGCCUGGCGCCGGCACCACGUCCCGAUCGAUCAGCCUACAUAAAGCGGCGAGCUGACAUACACCAUGCCUCAUCGGAGCCUGCUCGCCCGCGCACACUCGGAAGACGACGCAGACGCCGCCAUGGGGGACGCCGUCGCUGGCGCCGUCGACUACCGCGGCCGGCCCGCCUCCCGCGCCGCCACCGGCGGCUGGAAGUCCUCGGUGUUCGUCAUGGCAAUGGAGAUCGCCGAGCGGUUCGCGUACAAGGGCGUGGCGGCGAACCUCAUCACGUACCUCACGGGGCCGCUGGGCCAGCCCAUGGCGCGCGCGGCGGCGUCCAUCGACGCGUGGAAGGGCGUCUCCCAGAUGCUGCCGCUGCCGGUGGCCUGCGUCGCCGACGCCUGGCUCGGCCGCUACCGGGCCAUCGUCCUCGCCUCCAUCCUCUUCGUCGUGAGCAUGGGCACGCUGUCGCUGUCGUCGGCGUUCCACAUCUUCCGCUCCGGCGGCCACGUGGCCGUCUUCUACGUCGCGCUCUACCUGGUGGCGCUGGGCGAGGGCGCGCACAAGCCCUGCGCGCAGGCGUUCGCGGCCGACCAGUUCGACGAGAAGGACCCCAAGGAGAACGUGGCAAGGAGCUCCUUCUUCAACUGGUGGUACUUCGGCAUGUGCGCCGGCACCGCCGUCACCACCAUGGUCUCCAGCUACGUCCAGGACAACGUCGGCUGGGGCCUCGGCUUCGGUAUCCCCUGCAUCGUCAUCCUCGUCUCCCUCGCCGUCUUCCUCAUUGGCACCCCCUCCUACCGCUACUACACCACCAAGGAGCCCAGCCCCGUCGCCCGCGUCGGCAAGGCGCUCCUGGUGCUGAUCAAGAGCUGGAGAUCGAAGCACCGUACCAAUCCGGCGAGCGGCAAGGUGGAGGCCCAUAAGAACUCCGACGAGGACCUCGUGGAGGAGGUGAGGAGCGUCUUCCGCCUGCUGCCCAUCUGGGCCUCCUGCAUAAUCUACGCCAUCAUCUUCUCCCAGACCUCCACCUUCUUCACCAAGCAGGCGGCCACGCUGGACCGCCGGAUCGGCCCCAACUUCAAGGUGCCGCCGGCGGCGCUGCAGACCUUCAUCAGCGUCAGCAUCGUGGCCUUCAUCCCGGUCUACGACCGUCUCUUCGUGCCGCUCGCGCGCCGCUACACGGGGCGGCCCACGGGCAUCACCAUGCUGCAGAGGGUCGGCGCCGGCCUCUCCCUCUCCCUCGUCGCCGUCGUGCUCUCGGCGCUCGUGGAGAUGAAGCGGCUCGCCGUCGCCAGGGACGCCGGCCUGCUGGACGCCCCCAAGGCUUCUCACCUGCCCAUGACGCUCUGGUGGAUGGUGCCGCAGUACGUCCUCAUCGGCGUCUCCGACGUGUUCGCCAUGAUCGGCCUCCAGGAGUUCUUCUACGACCAGGUCCCCGACGCCGUGCGCAGCCUCGGCCUCGCGCUCUUCCUCAGCAUCUUCGGCGUCGGCCACCUCCUCAGCAGCUUCCUCAUCUCCGUCAUCGACAGGGCCACGGCCAGGCGCGGCGCCAGCUGGUUCUCCAACAACCUCAACCGCGCGCACCUCGACUACUUCUACUGGCUGCUCGCCGGGCUCUGCGUCGUCGAGCUCGUCGCCUUCUUCUUCUUCUCGCGAGCCUAUGUCUACAAGAAGAAGAGCGACGAUGGCGAUUACAGGGGAGGUGAUGCUGAUGCUACAUUGGUGGAAAGUAAAAGUCUAACUGGUAGUACUGGAGUGUGUUUAAGGCCUGCCGAACGUAGCACUUCGCAAAAUUCCCUCUCAGACGGGGAAGGAAUGGACUCCGGCGCGCUCCUGCCUCCGGGUGAGCCGUCAACCAACGGCAAAUCCGGCGGCCGCGGCGGAUGGCCAGCCGCACUCUUCCUGAUAGUGGUGGAGUUCGUGGAGCGCGUCGGCUUCUACGGCGUGCAGGGCAACCUGAUCACGUACCUCACCGGCCCGCUGGGUCUGUCCACCGCGUCGGCCGCGGCCGGCGUGAACGCCUGGGCCGGCACCGCGUCGAUGCUGCCGCUGCUCGGCGCGCUCGCCGCCGACUCCUGGAUCGGCCGGUACCGGGCCAUCGUGGCCGCCGGCGUCCUCUACCUCGUGAGCUUUGGGAUGCUGACGGUCUCAUCCAUGGUGCCACCACGUCAACCUCAACCAGCGGCAUCCCCUCCCCGCGCGGCGUUCUUCUACGCCACGAUCUACGUGGUGGCGCUGGCGCAGGGCUUCCACAAGCCCAACGCGCAGGCCCUAGGCGCGGACCAGUUCCCCCGGAGCUCCCCGGACAGCAUCGCGUCCCGGAGCUCUUUCUUCAACUGGCUCCACUUCUCCAUGUCGUGGGGCUUCAUCGUCGCCGUCGUCGCGCUGAGCUACGUGCAGGACAACGUCGGCUGGGCCGCCGGGUUCGGCGUGUGCUGGGCCAUGAUGCUCGUGUCCCUGUCCAUGUUCUUGCUCGGCACGGGCACGUACCGUGUCACGGAGCAGCCGCGCGACCGCCGUGCUCUCGCGCGGCUCACGAAAACGUUGGCUGCCACGGCGCGUACAUGGACGGACAUGGUCUUUCGCCGCAGCGACGGCGCCAUGGACGGUGAAUGUUUACUGAGGCCAAAAGAGCAGGAAGGCAAGGGGGUCAUGGUGAAGCUGCUUCCGAUAUGGAUGACCAGCGUCGUGUACGCAAUGGUGGUCGUGCAGGUGUCCACUCUGUUCACCAAGCAGGGCAGCACCAUGGACCGGCGCAUCGGCGCGGCCACAGGCCUAGUCGUGCCCCCGGCGGCGCUGCAGAGCUUCGUCGGCCUCGCCAUCAUCGCCUCCGUCCCCAUCUACGACCGCGCCUUCGUGCCCCUCGCUCGGCGCGUCACCAAGCACCCCUCCGGGAUCACCAUGCUCCAGCGCAUCGGCGCCGGCAUGGCCAUCGCGUCCGUCGCCAUGGCCGUGGCAGCGCUCGUGGAAGCCGCGCGCCUCCGCGCGGCGAGGGACGCCGGCCUGGUCGACAGUCCGGGGAUGGCGGUGCCGAUGAGCCUGUGGUGGAUGGUGCCGCAGUACGUGCUGCUGGGCCUCGCCAACGUGUUCACCAUGGUGGGCCUGGAGGAGUUCUUCUACGACCAGGUGCCCGACGCGCUCCGGAGCGUGGGGCUCGCGCUCUGCAUGAGCAUCAUGGGCGUGGGGAACUACGCCAGCGGCAUGCUCGUCUCGGCGAUCGACUGGGCGACGAGGCGCACCGGGGAGAGCUGGUUCUCGGACAACCUCAACCGCGCGCACCUCGACUAUUUCUACUGGGUUCUGGCCGGGGUCGCCGCUCUGGAGGUGCUCGUUUUUUUGUAUUUCUCCAGGAGAUACGACUACACUGACAAACGCGAGCUUGUAACGUAGAAAUGCGUCUCAUCCCGGAAGAAACAAUCGGUCUGCAUCUCAUGCUUCACUUGGCGGAACAUUUCUUGAUCUGUACUUCAUUCUAAUAAUACAAAAAUAGUUACUGGUUUGAUUUA